AUGUCUGCGGGCAAGCAACUAGGGCUAAGUUUUCCAACGUCAGCCAAGGCAGAAGAUGCCAACAAACCAGCACUGACCUUUGGUGUUGAGCUGGAGUACAUCUUCGCCACGCGCAUAGAUCAGCUCGACGAGAAAAGUCUCCACAUCACCGACCGAGAUGCCAUUGCGGUCGACGUGGUCAGAAAGGCGGUUCAGGAGAAGCUUCAGGCCAAGUGUAAAUUAUGCGGCCAAGAUGUUGCCUUCGACCUCAGGCUCUUCGAUGGUCGUAGGCACGACACAGAGGCUCAAGCGAUCGCUGACGCCCUCAGAGCCCUCGGUGAUCGUUCGUUUCAGGAACAAAGUCCUGAUGCCUUUACCUCGUGGGAAGUCGUUACUGAAGGCGUCGCCGCAAAAGCCGCCGAACUGACAGCGCUGGGCAAGGACGAGCAGAUGUAUUUCUUCAACGGCUGUGAAAUCAAAUCCAGAGUGCUGAGCCGAGCAGAGGAUUUGGUAGUACCGGAUGAAGGAGCCGAUCACGACCAUAAAAUUACCUGUGAGCAAGAGAUACGAGCAGUGCUCCAGAAGCUAACACAACGGUUCUGUCUCUUUGAUCCGGAGGAGGACCGAGCAGAUUACUUGUUCCCGAACGAGAAUUGCGCAUUGCACGUCCACGUGGGCCAGCAAAGCGACGGCUUCGAGCUCCAAACGGUGAAAGAACUGCUUUGUCUGAACCUGGCUUGCGAGGGGCAGAUCGACCAGAUGCAUGCAGUGAACAGGAUCACUGGCGGUGACUUCGGUAUCAAGCCACUGUCUGGUUCCUAUCCUCACUACAACCCAUAUGUGUCCGGGAUAGAAGGAACAUUGGUUAACGGCGCGUCCAGGAUCGAUGAAACGGCCAAGAACAUUCCGCUGUCGUAUCCUUUUGGGCAAGGAGCAUAUAGGCGCCAGCAACAGGCUCUCGAUAUCAUCAAGCCCAAACUCUACCAGUCAGAGUCCGGCUAUUACCCAGAUUCCUAUUUCGAUAGCAUCCCAGGUCUUCGUCAACUGACCAUGCGAAACGACAUUGAUGCCCGGCUGACUGUAAUCGAAUACGCACCAACGCUACAUUCCCUGCACGCACUCUAUGGACACAGGCCACGAAGCACCACCUUGAACAUAAGCAACUUAAUGCACCAGGCUGAUAUCGAAACGGUGGAAUACCGCCAACACGCCUCCACCAUGUCAGCGGAUGCCAUCCUUGCUUGGGUUGAUGUGGUCCUCAACAUGACUUCAUACUGCCGAGAUACGAGCCGCGAAGACCUGCAGGUACUUGUUGGUUCCGACGGCAGUCUGCGGAAGGCAGGUACGAGCCAUCUAGAUUUGCUGAAAGCCGUCGGAUGUGCGCCUGAAACAGUAGACCAUUACACCAGAAGAGAAUGUGACAAGUACCAGCGAAGCCUACGCCACGCGGAAGCCAACUCGGCGCAAGCCGCCAGCAAAGAUCCCCUCGCUAGCCUGACACUCGUCAGCAUUGCAUUGAGCGUCUGCAAUUGA